UUAGUAAAUUGGCUACUGUAUCGCAGACAUUUGCUAGAGCAGCAACAAACAAACUAUAAAUUUCUACAAAACGAACUACCGGUUAUUGUGUUGUGUGACCUGAACUUGUGCUGCGGUGAAGUCAAAAUGCGUUUCGCAUCUGUGUUGCUGUUGCCGUUUCUAUUCGCUUUGAGUGCGGCACAAUUUGGCUUCGGUGGAUUCGGCAAUAGCUUCAAUAGAGUAUCCAAUACCUUUCAAGAGGGCGCUCGCAGGGUGGCCAGUUCGUUCCCAGAUUUAUCGAAUGUUCGGGAUUUCGGGGAUUUUAUAGCAAAAACCGGCAAGACCUACGCCAGCGCUGCUGAACGCCAACUGCAUGAGGCUACUUUCGGCGCUCGCCAACAGCUUGUCAAUGCGCAUAAUGCCGCUUUGAGCGCCUCAAAAGGCUUCGAGCUGGGUCUGAAUCAGUUUGCCGAUCUGCCUUUUGCAGAGUUUUUAAAUAAAUUAACAGGAAAUAAGAAGUCAGCUAGUGGAGAAGCAAAAGCCAGUAAACAACGCCAGGUAGCUGCUCCACCCACCACCAAUGUGCCCGAUUCUUUCGAUUGGCGUGAUAAAGGCGGCGUCACACCGGUGAAAUAUCAAGGGGAUUGCGGUUCGUGCUGGACUUUUGCCAGUACUGGCGCUAUUGAAGGACACACUUUUCGCGCCACUGGCAAACUGCCUAUGCUCUCCGAACAAAAUCUUGUCGAUUGUGGACCUAUAGACUAUGGUCUAAACGGUUGUGAUGGCGGCUUUCAGGAGUAUGCUUUCGCUUAUAUUAAAGAAGUACAAAAGGGUGUGGCGCCCAGUGAAAAAUACCCAUAUUUGGAUAAGAAAGAUACCUGCAAGUAUGACCCAAGCACUAAAGCAGCACAGGUGAAGGGUUUCGCUGCUGUCAAACCGAAAGAUGAGAAAACGAUGAAGGAGGUUGUAGCCACUUUGGGACCGCUGGCAUGCUCUGUGAACGCAUUGGAAACGCUAUUGCUCUAUAAAAAGGGUAUCUAUGCGGACGAGGAGUGCAAUAAGGGCGAAGUGAAUCAUGCUGUGCUAGUUGUGGGUUAUGGCAGCGAGGGCGGCAAAGACUAUUGGAUUGUUAAGAACUCUUGGGACAAAAAUUGGGGAGAAGAGGGUUACUUCAGAUUGCCACGUGGCAGCAACUUCUGUGGUAUUGCCGAGGAAUGCAGUUACCCCAUAGUUUAAGUGCGUAAUGGAAAUAAAUGGUGUAAUGCCUGUGAUUACAGUAAAUAAAUAAGUAAUUAAUAUGGUGAA